GCUGAUUCACUUCUGGAACGAUAGGGUUGCAUUCGAUAUGCUAUCUUUGCGAGCAGAUGGAGUGUCGAGGCCCCUCUGUAAGCACCCUUGAUGGCAUGACACCCUAUUCAUUUUAAAUCCUUCAAUCUGAAUUUGUCUUACUGAGCGUUCCUUAUAGAAAAUAUGCAGCUAAUGAACUACCUUAUGUAUGUACUAUCCUAGAGUUUUGGAAUCUGAAAAAGUAACGGACCUACGAUACUCAUUUACUGGAACUGGGAACUUCUAUCCAUUCACUAUGGGAAACACAAACUCGCAUCCCAAGCACUUGGGUGCCUUAACGUCGCCAAAAGGUCUAGGGAAUGUUGUUACCAUCGUUAUCUUCGCAAUUCUCAGCAUCGCUGCUGUUGGCUUGCGAAUCUGGAGUAAAGUCGUCAUCAGACGUGCUUUCCGGCCGGAUGACUAUUGCAUCUUCGUUGCUCUGCUUUUCUGGAUGGGGUUUGUUGUGUGUGAAAUUAUGGCUGUUGUUCCAGGAGCUUUAGGCUUUCAUGUCGAAGAAGCUUUGAAAUAUUUGGGACCCGAUUCACUUACUGUUACCUUGAAAGCCUUCCUUGCUUCAUCUCCAGUAUGGAUUAUCUCUACCAGUUUGGUGAAAAUCUCGAUUUUAUCUUUUUAUACAACUAUCUUCCCUUCCAGGACGUUUCAUAUCAUCGUCUACUCGAUUAUUGCCGUGAACGCUGUGUACUGCGUGGGCUACAUUUUUGCAUCUCUGUUCAUCUGCACACCAUUUGCUUUCAAUUGGGAUAAAACCUUAACGAAUGGAAAAUGCGGCAACACGCUUCAGCUGGAGAUUAGCUCUGCAUCAAUCAAUAUGAUCUUUGAUCUGAUAGUUGUCUUUCUCCCUAUGCCAACGUUAUGGAGACUCAAGAUGGCUGUGAGAAAAAAGCUAUUUGUCAGCUUUAUACUAGGUCUUGGAUUAUGCAUUUGCGUCAUGAAUAUAACUCGUGUUGUUCUCGAGACGCGUCAAGACAAUGUCGACUUCACAUACGGAUUGGUAUACGCAGGUCUUUUCGCUGGCUUAGAAAAUGGCAUCGGCAUUAUCGUCGCAUGCCUACCAACCUAUGGUCCUUUGAUACGAGGGCGAGCAAAAGGAUUCAACAGCGCUGAGCCGGAAAGCUACAUUCUCAAUCGCAAAAACUCUUACUUUCAGAGAAAGACGAAAGAAUCUUCUUAUACAACUACUAUGGCCUCAUUCGACGAAGAAGGCUUUGAAAGAUUGCAUGAAAAUAUGGAUGGCGUUCCACUGAAGAGUCUGCAGAACGGAGGAGUAGGAGCCCAAAGUUCUGCAUGGGUAGCCGUUGACUCCCGCAGUGAUAAAUCAACCCUGAACUUCGGUGAAUCUGAAGGUAUCGCGGUAAAGACCGAGCUCAAAAUGACGAGCUCGGGAGUGCCAUGAAAUGGUGAAAAAGAAAACCAUCACGUAUUUCCUGUUUGCCUGUAUGUACUUUGAUACAAAUACGGCAUGUUAAAAUUAGACAGACUCACGAAAGGAGCUCAUUGAUUAGUAUGGCCAGCCACUUGGUCUCACGAGGAUUUGCACUUUGGAAAUCGAGUCAGCAUAAUGAAAAUUUGAUACCCAUAAUAACCUCGCGAUAUUUUA